UACAUUCUUACAACAAUUAUUUCGUUAAUUAACACUUAAGAAGAAAUGUUGUCCAUGGCAGCAGCUUACGCACACCUACAGCUCAUACAGAAGAAUCAGAAGGAAGAGAUAAAAAAGAGAGAAAAGAUGAGAAACUCCGGCGACGAUGCAGCUCAUCAUCUCCUCCCCGCCAAAACGUCGUCUGCCUCCGGAAAAAUUUCUAAUAAAAUAUAUCCUUCUCGUUUAUCUUAUGAACAAGUAGAGGCCAAGUCACGAAAGUGAAAUCAUAAAGUCAUGAAAUGCUUGGAAGAUUAUUCAAAGAUUUCUCUCUCAAGUACUUAUGUAUGUGUGAUGUGUCUAAAAUGUAUCUUGGUCGUGUUUAUAGUUUUGUGAAAGUGUACUAUUUGAGUGUUCUUAGGUGUUUUGUUAUCAAGUGUUCGACGAUUAUUCGGAACCCUGUUUUACUAGUACAUACAAGUUCCAUCAA